ACUCUAAACUCUCUCUCCAUAGCUUGCCCCCUUUUUCUUUUUGAGCUUGUUAUUUUAAUCUUGGGAUCUGAUUUUGUCCCCAUAUUGGGAGGAUCGAUUAUCUUUCUCCCCACCUCCCCCCUCUCCUCCUCUCUCUCCAUAGCCUGGAGGAGAUCAGCUUUGGAUGCAAAUCUUCCCUUCCCUGCCCUGCCCCCCAUGAGGAGCACACCCUCAGAUUGACUAGCAAGCUGGGUUCGCGUUGAUAACGUGCUAGUGAAGCGUCUUUGAGGAGUCUUAUAUUGGUUCAACGAGGUUGUAAGAGGAAGAUUUUAAUCUGGUCUGUCUUGAUCUUCAGCUGAAACUUGAUCCCAAAAGAAACUCGAUCGAGUCAACAUCAUAGCUUUGUUCUGCAUAUGAUCUAUGCUUUGGAGUAAAAUCUUGAUCAGUAAGUAAUCAGAGGAGUGAGAUGGCUACUUACUACUCAAGCCCUGGUAGUGAAAGAGAGUCCCAAGACAUGUACUCGAGAGACCAGGGCAGCGCUUCCUAUCCGAUGUCAUCGGCUCUAGGCAAUUUGCUUUAUCUGAACAAUCCGUCUUCUGGACCAUACACGGAGUUCAGCGGCAUUCUGCAGUCUCAGCAGAAUUGCAUGGAGAUGCCUGGCCAUGGCCAUCAUUCAGCAAUGUCCCAAGACUCGUCCGUGAGAGAGUCUGACAUGCUUGCUUCCCACCAUGGGCAACGCUCCUUCGGCCAUGUGAAAGACAUGAAGAAUGAGAUGUUGAUGCAUAUCAUGGAUGGAGGACAAAGUGGUGGUGCUGAACUCAUCCACGAUGACUCCCACAAUGGUGCUCAGUUUGAAUUUGGUGUUCUGAACAACCAUGGCUCAUCAAAUGUCCCAUCAGGGCAAGGCCAAGGCCAAGGGCUAUCUCUGAGCCUCAACACACAAAUCAUGGCACCUUCCUUGCCUUACUGGUCUAUCAAACCAGACAUGUUGACUCCCAACUCUUACCACGAAAGCCUUAGAGUCGACGACAUCCGGAUGAAAACUAUGCAGUCUGAAGCCUCCCGUGCGAUCCGGCACUCAAGGUAUCUGAAGGCAGCACAAGAAGUGCUAGAUGAGGUUGUCAACGUCUGGAAGAAUAUAAAACAGAAAGCUCAGAAGGAGCAGGCUGAACCAGAAAAGGCAGAUGGCAAAGAGACUGAUGGAGGACCAAAAAGUGAGGGCGUAUCUUCUAACCCACAAGAAUCUGGCGCCAAUGCAGCACCAGAGCUGUCCACAGCUGAGAAGCAAGAGCUUCAGAACAAGAUGGCAAAGCUGAUGGCAAUGUUGGAUGAGGUGGACCGGAAAUACAAGCAUUACUACCACCAAAUGCAAAAUGUGGUUUCAUCUUUUGAUGUGGUGGCUGGGCCCGGAUCUGCCAAGCCUUACACCGCAGUUGCUCUUCAGACAAUCUCGCGGCAUUUCCGAUGCUUGAAGGAUGCUAUCAAUGAGCAGAUCAAUGUUAUCAGGAAGAAGCUUGGCGAGGAAGAAAAUUCAUCUGGCAAGGAAGGAAAAUUAACUCGUCUCCGGUACAUCGAUCAGCAGCUAAGGCAACAGCGAGCUUUCCAACAGUACGGUAUGAUUCCGCAAAAUGCUUGGAGACCACAGAGGGGACUACCCGAAAACUCAGUUACAGUUCUUCGCGCUUGGCUUUUUGAACACUUCCUUCACCCCUACCCAAAAGAUUCUGAAAAGUUAAUGCUAGCAAGGCAGACUGGCUUGACAAGGAGUCAGAUUUCGAAUUGGUUCAUAAAUGCCCGUGUCCGCCUUUGGAAACCAAUGAUUGAGGACAUGUACAAAGAGGAGACUGGUGAUUUGGAGCAAGACUCCAACUCUUCCUCCGACAAUGUGCCAAGAAGCAAGAACAAAGUGGCAUGUUCUGAAGAAAACGAAGAUCUGAAGAAUGCUAGGGCUCGGGUGUGCGAAACCAGCCAGCUAAGCGAGUCGAGAGCCAGCAUUGGGGCUAUGAAUGCUGGUGGUGCACCUGUUGGAUUCCAGCAUGAGGCCAACCCUGACGACAGUUUCAUGAACCUGAUGAUGAAGGACCAGCGAUCGGGUGAAGCAGAUGGGGGACUUCUCCUCCACAACGCCAUGGCACAGCACUCGGACGAGAGCGCCAGGUUCAUGGCCUACCACUUGGCAGAGCUUGGGAGGUAUGGGAAUGGUAAUGUAUCGCUCACACUGGGUUUGCAGCACUCUGGUAGCAGCCUCUCAGUUCCGAAUGCUCAGGCAAACUUUCCCGGCGUCACCGAUGAUGACAUGUACAACACAGCUGCUCCUCUCGGCGUCAGCAUCGCAUCUUCGGACUACGAGUCCAUGAACCAGAUGGAUCAACGGCAACGGUUCGAGCAAUCACCACUUCUGCAUGAUUUUGUGGCAUGAUGAUGAUACAUCAUGAUUGUUUACACAAGAUUUGUGGGGGAUGACAGCAUUUGUAAAACUCCUAGUGGCAGAAAAAAAAUAACAUGCCUGAAAGAGCAUGGACUGUUGUAGCUUGUAGUUGCCAUUUGAUACAGGAGAGGGGGUAUAGCAGGAAAUGUAAUAUAAGCUUAGGUGGUUGGGGGUGAUAGGGGUAAAGAAUCUUUUGUAAAGAUAAAAAUGCAAUUACUAUACCUGUAAAAGCUUGUGAUUUGAGCACAGUAUUGUAAAGUAAUGGCAACUUUAGGAAUGCCCUAGUAAUAGUAAUACCUUGCUACA